AUGCCUGCACGAUACGCUUCGCAUCCUGUCGAUGUCUCACCACUGGGGAAGCCAUUGCAUUUCGCCUUCAGCCAGCGCGAAGCUCCCAAUCGGUUCUACAAGGCGGCCAUGACCGAGCGACUUUCGUCCUGGUCCCCCACCGAUCUAAAAGCACGAGGCAUCCCCAGCUCGGAGCUGGUCAACGUCUACAAGCGAUGGGGCGAAGGCGGAUACGGGCUCAUCUCCACUGGCAACAUCAUGCUAGCGUACGACCAGCUCGAAGCCCCCGGCAACCCGAUCAUCGAUCUGGAGAAUCCCUAUCACGGGCAGCGCUUCGAGGCCUUCCGCGAGCUGGCAACACAGGCCAAGAAACACGGCAGCCUGGUCAUCGGCCAGGUCAGCCACCCGGGGCGGCAGACGGAGGAGCGGCUCCAGCCGGACCCGGUCUCGGCCAGCGAUGUCCGGCUCGAGAAGGAGAUCAUGGGGAUGCGCUUCGCGAAGCCCCAUGCAGCGUCCAAGGACGAGAUCCAGGAUUUCGUGCGGCGGUGGACGCACGCAGCGGUCUAUCUGCACAAGGCUGGGUACGACGGGAUCCAGCUACAUGGCGCGCAUGGGUACCUUUUGGCGCAGUUCCUGUCGCAGACCACGAAUCACCGCACGGAUGAGUACGGCGGGAGUCUUGAGAACAGAGCACGGCUGAUCGUGGAGAUCGCCCGGUCCAUCCGGAAGGAGCUGCCUGCGUCAACAGGGUUUAUGCUAGGCAUCAAGAUCAAUUCGGUCGAGUUCCAGACCGGUGGCUUCACGGCGGAAGAAGCACGCGCCCUAUGUCGGAUCCUGGAGGAGAACGAGUUUGAUUUCGUCGAGUUGUCUGGCGGCACGUACGAGUCUCUUGCGUUCAGCCAUAGGCGCGAGUCCACGGGGAAGCGGGAAUCGUUCUUUCUGGAGUUCGCAUCGCUCAUCACCCCGGUCUUAAGCAAGACGAGGAGCUACGUGACGGGUGGGUUGCGUACGGCGUCGGGUAUGGUGGGGGCCCUGCACACGGUGGAUGGCGUCGGGCUGGCUCGACCUGCGUGCCAGGAAUUCCAUUUGCCACGCGACAUCCUGGAAGGCAAGGUGACGGGGGCGAUUGAGCCGAAGAUCGACCAGCAGGAUUUCGGGAUAACCAGCGCGGCGGCGGGAAUGCAGAUGAAGCAAGUGGGCAAGGACGAAGACCCGAUCGACUUGAGCGAUGAGAAGAACGUGGAGAUGUUCCUGAAGCACCAGGCUGAGUGGGGACAGAAGAUGCAGCAAGACGCGGCAAAGAUGAAUCUGUACGGCUAUGUGGAUCUGCCUAAAGGUGACGCCUUUAGAGAGUAG